UGUUUUUUCUUCCUUACAGGUCUUGGCCUCUCUUAUUCUAUUAUAAAUGGCCCUACUAAUGCAACGGUCCUUGCUGGUUCAGAAGCCCGCUUUAAUUGCACUGUAUCUUUAGGAUGGGUAAUUCUCAUUUGGCUGUCCAAUGGAACUCCUGUCCUCACUGUCAUUAAUUCUCAAGGAGCUAUUGAAACAUCAGACCGCUUCACCUCUGAAAAUUAUACCAGUAGCAAUGCGUUUACCUCGGAGCUGAUAAUCCACAACACACAGCUGAGUGACUCUGGAAAAAUUGAAUGCAGCAUCCAGCAAUCUAGUGAGAACAGCUUUGCAUUUCUUUCUGUUCAAGUUAAUGGAUCUUUAUUCAUCAAAAAUAACACCUUAACAGUAAGAGAGAACAAAACAGUUGAAAUUGUUUGUGAAGCCUUAGGAUGGGCUCCAGUUCCAGACAUUACCUGGAUGAUAAAUGACUCUUUCAUUGGUAAGUCCAGGUAUGUUACCCAGGAAAGUCAAAGAUCUAAUGGACUCAACAAUGCCCUGAGCAUCCUAACUUUGACUCCGUUGGACACUGAGAUUUUGACUUGUUUAGCUGACAUAGAAGCACUCCCUAACCCUCAGAAAGCAACUGUAGCUGUUAUUUUUGUCAACUCUACUAUGGAAAAUGAAUACAGUGAAGACAACGGGAACACAUGGGUUAUUGUCCUUGCAGUUGUGCUUUCACUUGUUGGUAUUAUUCUUCUGAUCAUUAUUAUUGUGGUUGUUGUACGCUGCUGCUGCCUGAAGAAGAAAGGAUCUACAUAUCAAAAUGAAAUAAGAAAAGUUUCAGCUGAAAAGUUUAAUCAGAAAAAAGAUGGUGAUCUGGAAAACAGGCAAAGGCACGGCAGCGAAAAUCAGGGAUACAUUCCAGAGGAACGGUGGAACAGAGAACGAGGCCCAAGAAUUGCCCCUCUUCCUGCAAUGUCUUCAAAGUUCACUGUCCCUGCUGAAGAUUUACAGGCCAGUUCUGUACCAAAGUUGCCAGUCUGGAGGAGGUGUGGAUAUGACAUGGAGACACUGUUGAAGGUGGGGUUUGAGGUUCCUUUGCAAAUGAAAUCCAGUGGAGAUACA